CAGUAUUCAAAGUGAGCUGAGAAAGCAGGAUAAGAGCUGGAAACACAAAAUCAAAACUCAAGAAGCACUGAAGCAGAGAAGAGAGAAAUGCUGGUGGUGAACCUAACCAAAGCUCAAGAGUUACAAUAUCCACUCUCUCUCCUCAACCUUGUUCCUCCUCCUUCACUCCUCUCAAACCCCAAUAAAUUCUCCUCUUUCUCUCUCCCAACCCGCCACCUCAAUCCACCACCACCCCAUCAAAAAACCACCUCAAUUUCAUGCCGUACUACACCCAGAACCGCCGCGGGAACUUCCAUCAAACACUUGGCGGGCAAAGAAAGAGAACCUGAUUCCGGUACGGAAAACGGUAGUGUUUCCGAUGAGGAGGAGAGAGAAUCAAUGGGGUUACAGGGCUAUGAUAUGGGGUGGGAUAAUGGUGAAGUAAGGAAGAAUCUCGGUGGUGUACAGUUCGAGUCGCCGGUGGUGGAGGUGAAGGAAUUGGAGGAGUUGCCGGAGAAUUGGCGGCGGUCGAAGUUGGCUUGGCUUUGUAAAGAGUUGCCUUCUCAAAAACGGCCUACUCAAUUUCGCCUUCUCAAUGCUCAGAAGAAAUGGGUGCGGCAGGAGGAUGCUACUUAUAUUGCUCAUCAUUUUCUGCGAAUUCGGGUUAAUGAUUCUGCAUUUGCGGUGUACAGGUGGAUGAUCCAGCAACACUGGUUUCGAUUUGAUUUUGCUCUGGCUACCAAGCUUGCUGAUUGCAUUGGUAGAGAGAGGAAAUUUGCGAAAUGUCGGGAGAUUUUUGAUGAUAUAAUCAAUCAAGGACGGGUGCCUAGUGAGUCAACAUUUCAUAUCUUGAUUGUUGCAUAUCUUAGUAACCCAGGUGAGGACUGCCUUAAGGAAGCAUGUGAAAUUUACAAUCGCAUGAUACAUUUGGGAGCAUAUCGUCCUCGACUUAGUCUGCAUAACGCUCUUUUCAGAGCUCUUAUUAGUACACCUGCAAAGUCUGUGAAGCAGUAUCUUAAACAGACAGAGUUCAUUUUUCAUAACCUCGUAACUUGUGGAUUAGAAAUACAUGUGGAUAUUUACGGUGGUCUCCUUUGGGUUCAUAGCCAUCAGGAUAUCAUUGACAAAGAACGAAUAUUUUUCCUGUUGAAGGAGAUGCAUAUGAAGGGAAUUCCAGAUACAAAAGAUACUCUCUUAUCUAUUCUGAGGGCUUGUUCUAAAUUAGGCGAUGUAGAUGAAGCAGAAAAGACCUGGCUCAAACUUCUGAAAUUUGAUGGUGGCAUUUCUUCUCAAGCUUAUGUGUAUAAAAUGAGUGUCUAUGCCGAGGUUGGGGAUUCCGUGAAAUCUUUGGAGAUAUUUAGAGAGAUGCAGGAACAAUUUGAACAGAUAAAUAUUGUGGCGUAUCAGAAGAUAAUAGAGAUUAUGUGUAAUAAUCAAAAGGUGGAGUUUGCCGAGUCUCUUAAGAAAGAGCUUGUUGGGAGUGGUCAAAAGUCUCUUACACCAUCUUAUGUGGAUCUUUUGAAUAUGUACUACAAAUUAAGCUUACAUGAUAAAGUCGAGUCCACCUUCUUGGAAUGCAUAGGAAAAUGCCGCCCAAAUCGAGCUAUCUAUGGUAUAUACUUGGACUCAUUGGUGAAAACUAGCAAUAUUGAAAUGGCAGAGAGCAUCUUCAACCAGAUGUUAGAGAAUGAGGCUAUAAGUAUCAGUAGCAGGUCAUGUAAUACCCUUUUAAGUGGGUACCUAUCUUGUGGGGAUAAUGUAAAGGCUGAAAAACUCUAUAAGUUCAUGCGGCAGAAGAAAUAUGAGGUUGAGUCCACUUUAAUGGAGAAACUGGACUACCUUUUUACCUCCACCAAGAAAGUUAUCAAGAACUCUUUAACCUUGAAACUAACUACAGAACAACGAGAGAUUUUGGUUGGUUUGUUUCUGGGUGGCUUGCAAAUUGAGUAUGCAGGGGAAAAGAAGCAACAUUUUGUCCAUUUUAAGUUCAAGGAUAAUUCCGGUAUACAUUCAAUCUUGAAAAGACAUAUAUAUAACGAGUUCCAUGAAUGGCUGCAACAUUCCAAUGGCUCAACAGAUGAUAUUGAUGAUGAUGAUGAUGAUGAUAUCCCUUCGAACUUUUCAACAAUCCCACAUACUUGUUUUGGUUUUUAUGCUCUUCAAUUCUGGGAAGAUGGGAAGCAAAGCAUUCCCAAAUUAAUUCAUCGGUGGUUGUCACCACGUGUUCUUGCUUACUGGUUUAUGUAUGGCGGAUACACAACACCAAGUGGUGAUAUUUUGCUCAAGGUAAAGGGAAGCAAGAGUGAUGUAGAAAGGGUGUUUAAAGCAUUAAAAUCAAAGUCACUGGAUUUCAGGGUUAAGCAAAAGGGCAGAGUAUUUUGGUUGGGAUUCAUGGGAAGCCAUUCUACUUGCUUUUGGAGACUUAUAGAACCUUACCUUCUAGAUGACUUACAAGACUUCAUAAAAGCUGAUGAACAAACCUCGGAAAAUUUAACAGCAGAAAAGUCAAGUAUCUGGUCAAGUACCGAGUCUGAUUCUUGACCUCGAUAUAUUUACAAGAUGACAGAUCAGUUGUUCGAGGAGAGUGCUUCUGAAGUAAUGGCUCGAGCAUAUCAGUGCUACCGGCUUGAAUUUUCCUGCUAUUGAGUACGUCAGAGGCGGUGUCUGUACUUUUUAUACUUGGUGAGAGCAAAGGGGGUUGUACAUAGUCAGAAAAUGCAGGGAUUUCAGCUUGUAAUCUUAGAUAGGAGCCACAGUUUUGUUAACAUAUGAUGUUGAUCCCAUGCUUUAUAGCUGCACAUUCCUUGUAUUAAUGUCUUUCGUCCUUGGGAGAAUUAUAGAUUCAUGUGAGGAGAUUAGGUUGUUCUGUUCGACUUAUUUUGCCUCGUUUCAGACAAGAUAAGUGUAAACAAGUUCAUAUAAAUUAAAUUUAGAAAAAAAAAAUAUUUUUUUUUCCAGA